GGAAAAUGUAAAUGAUGACAUAUUUGAACGGUUGAUAUCUUUUUUGUUUUGGUGUGAAAUUUCCACAGUUGAAAAGGUAUUUUUGUCCAUUUUUAGCGCAUUUGGGAUUUCGGUGGCUAGUUUCUUCAAGCUAAAUGGGAUUUGUGUGGUCAUCCGCGUUAAAUUUAACAGAAGAAGAGUUUAAAUAUAUAGCAUGAUGUGAAUGCUCGGUCAGUUGAAUGAAACCUAACGGUUUUACAGAGAAAUACAGAGUUGUAAGUGUUUCUACAAAACACGAAAAUAUGGCUAGCAAAAGAACACUUGUGAAACAAAAGGUGACUUAUGGAUCCGUGGGAGAUGAGAAUUUACACGACAGUGACGAUGACUUAUCUGGAAAAAGAUCCAUAACAAAGCGCGUGUCGUUUGAAAGUCAUGAGCUUAGUGACUCGGAUUCUGACGCCGAAAACUCCCUUGGAAGGAUAAAUCGUCGCACUGCGCGAGCUAGAGAUUCCCUUGAUGGGUUGUUUAGAGAAACAAGCAUAAAAGAAGGGGAAGACCAUGCGGGGUUGAUCAAAGGAAUUUUAGGAGAAAGCCAGUCUUCGACCACAAAAGACAAAGGUACAGUGUAUACAGCAUAGAAAUUAAGUUUAACUGGACACAUGCACGAGUCAAGGAUGACUGUCCUUGUUAUCACCAAUUAGAAGUAAUAAAAGCUUACACGAUUCGCCUUUAGACGGAGGCGGUCUUAAUUUGGGAGAAGUAGCUUGGGUAAUAAUAUUUGAAUAUAGUCAUAAUAGUAUAGUUUGUUUAAAAAACAGAGUGAUCAAAUUCAAACGCAGGGCGCCCACACAAACUCAUUGACCGUUAAAGGAAAUGUAUUGGAAUAUAAUAAGGUUCACAUUAUCAUGGUAUAAUGCGAUGAAUUCUUAUUUAUAUUAAAGAUAAUAAUAUGUCUUUUUACCGUGAAAUGUUGUGUAUUGUUGUUCGUGCGUUUGAAAAUGGCAAAUUAUAGCAAUUUGAAGGGUUUAACAUUCUAUGUUUACCUGAGAGUAUUUGCUGCCUUCAGUCGUGAAAAUGACAACACACAACAUUUCAGGUAAAAAGACCUUUAUUUUAAUCUCAUAUAUAAGAAUUCAUCUCAUUAUACCACGACAAUAUGAACGUUAUUUUAUUCACAAACAUUUCCUUUAAGUUCAAACAUCGAAAUGAUUUCCCGGUUUGUAUGGGCCUCCUAGCUGCGAAUUCAAAUACUGAAAUGAGCUUUUUGCUUACAUGCACUAUCCUUUUACUCCAUCUAGGAGAGCCAAAACCUGUUGCUAGAUCUCGAUCUCGUCCACCAAUUUCACCUCGGCGGACUCAUUUUGAAGCAAGUCAUUCGGUAGCUACAUCACAAGUGUCCUCAGAUGAAGAUAAUGUGACUUCUGGAAAAUGGCCUGCCAGAGCAAAAGAAAAAACUCCUGUUGCUCCCCCUAGGACAUCACCACGGCAGUUACAAGAAAAGAGCUUGUCAUCUGACAUGUAUUCUUCGCAAGGUGUACCAAAAACAAAGCCUCCCUUGUCAUCUAGGAAGGGAGAAAUGAAGUCAUUUGAUGGAGAUCAUGAAUAUGAUGAAUACAAAACAGGAAAGGUUUCUAAGGAUGAUCAUGAAUUUCGAUAUGAUAGGAGUAAAAAUGUAGCAGAAAAACCCAUGGUUCCUGUCAGGAGAAAGAAGACACUCGAAGUAGACUCUGAGGGAGAUGUUGAAGUUUAUGACACUGAACGAAAGAAAAAUUCAAGUGAAGAAAAACCUACAGCCCCUUCAAGGAGAAAAAUGACUCUUGAAGAAACACAGGAGAGCUACGUAGAGAAAGACAACAGAGAUUAUGACUAUCAAAGGACUAAAAACAUACCAGAAAAACCAAUAACGCCUCAAAGGAGGAAAAAACCUUUUGAUGAAACAAGUGAAAUACAAUAUUCUAGACCACAGAUUCCCAUGAUUAAAACUUCAACGUUUGAGGAUGACAGCCCCUAUACAGAAAAUGAUAGAACAGCUGUUGACUAUGAUGGAAAUUUAAGAAUGCCUAAGAAAUUAAAUAAUGGUCGACCCAUUGUUUCACGAAUUAGGGUAGAUUCUUCUGAAGAAAUUGAGGAAGAACUGGACUCAGGAAAAGUUUUGUACAGAAAAGAAUCCUAUGGUAGUGAAAACUAUGCUAAUGAUUAUGAUUUAAUACGUGGUAAAGUGGUGGAAAAUGUGACUGAACAGUCUGCAAUCACUGCACCAAAACCAUCACCUCGCAUUCGUUCAAAUGUUAAAAGCUCUACGUCAAGGCAGCCUCAGUUAGAAGAAGAAGUUAAGCAGGCAAAGCGACCAGGAAGUGCACCUGCAAUCAAAAAGGCAUCCAGUCUUGAAACUCUCUCCUCACAGCAGGAUUCAAGGAGGGGAUCUUCUGGGGUGCAAGAACAAGAGGCCCGAAAGGUGCAGUUAAAAAAGAGCCUUACCCCUCAGAGGCCCACUAGUGGAAAGAAAAUCUCUUUGCUGGCUCAGCUGCGGCAAGAGGCUAGAGCUGACAUAACAGAUACAUUUGAGGAACAUGUUCCUUCAAAAGAAAAUAUUUUUGAGACUGGCUCAGGUCAUGGUGACUUUUAUAGUAGAAGGGGUGAUACAGGUAAUACUAAGAAGAAGAAAUGACAAUUAUAGUAAAUGUAAAGGAAGAUGUGACAGUUGAAAUUGUAAAUUAUUGCAUUUACAAAGUUCGUGUUACUGCAGCACUACACAGAUGCCAUGGGUUUGAAUCCCAUUAGAGCGCAAUUUUUUUUUUUAAGGUCGGGAGGGGGGUGGGGGAGGAGGUUGGUUAGGGGGCUGGGGGGGCUUAGUUUGCAAUAAUUGCAAAUUGUAAGUUGUGAUUACAACUACAACUGUCAUUAUCUUCAUUUGUAUUUCUGGAGUUCAUGUAAUCUUCAUUCUGGACUAAAUUUGUACAGGAAAGGUUACUUUUAAUUAACUUAAAUUAAUCAUUAAUAGAGCACAUUUCCACACCUACAUAAAGUUUGGUUAAACUCAUCAACAGAGAUACACUGUAAGUAAGGGGGGAAGUGCCUUUGAGGCUGGUAGAGCCCUGAAUUGUACCUGAGUGCGAUGUGUAACCAUGAUGACCCUGAGAGUGGUAUCCACCCAGGCAAUUCCAGGUGCUUACUAGUGGAACCUACAUGCAACAAACUAAACAUACACUUGUCGUACUAGUAAGGGGGGAGGGUAGGGAACAGAAAAACACUUAACAAACUCAAGCCAUGACACUGGCAGUGAUACACAGACGUAAUGGCCCGACCUCAAGAGAAAGGCAGUCAAAAAAUAAUUAUUAUAACAAAACAGAGCAAAAAAAACAACAACAACAACAAUAAAACAUGAGCCCCUGAAAAGCGAUUAGGGCACCCCCGCAUAUCUCCAAUGAGAUACUACUGACUAGCCAUGUCUUGAGCGUUCAUUUAGUAACGUUAACAUGUAACAGAAAUUUUCAUAUCAUUGAUUGCAGUUGAUUCUAGAGCCUGGGAAACACCAAAGCCUCAAAGGUCAGGACCAUUGAAAGCCAACCAUAGUAUUGAUAUGAUAACCAGAUCACAACAGCACAAAGAGAUACAACACACAGACCACACAAAAGGAGGUUCAUGCAGAGGGUCUGAUACACCAAAGAGAUCUUCUUCCAUGACAAAUUUGAGGGACACCAGCCCUGAGCCAUGGGGUGGAGACAGUGCAAGAAGCUCACAGUAUGGCGAAUUAAUGGACACUGCAUCAAUACGCCAGGCAGUGUUUGAUGAGUGGCAGAGAAGAAAAAGUGCAAAGCUGAAGGAAAAUAUGGUUAGCAGGUCUUCUGAGAAAAAGAAGCAAGAAGAAAAGGAAAAGGAAGAACGUGAGCGGAAAAAACUGGUAAAGUUCUUAGCCUUUAGCAGUCUUACUGUAAUUAUGUGUAUUUGCUGUUAGUCAGGCUGAACCAAGUCAAUUUGUGGGCCAGUCAUAAUCAUACAGAGAGACUAAACAAUGCAUUAAACCAAUCGGAAAUUGAAUCCAGUGACUGGCGCUAGGCUUGGAAUACGAUACAACAGUUUCUCUACUGGCUAUUCUUCAGAUUCACCCCGUGUAAGGGCAUACGUAUUCCGGGGAAAUUUUGCUUGUGGAAUCCGAAAUAGUGAAAAAAGUUGCUUAGUAGAAUGCAGAAUCCUGGGCUUUGGAAUCCAGAAUACAGGUCAAGGACUGAUCCAGAAUCCCACUUACGAUUGGAAUCCAUACUCCAAGUUCCACUGACAGAGAAUAUGAAAUCAGUGGGUGAGUGGCACCCAGAAUCCGGAAUCCACAAUCCCAGACUGUCUUGGAUUCCUUUACAUGGGGAGAUUCAGAUCCUUAAGAGUCUGCAUCCUUUCAAAUGAGGUGACUCACCGUACUGAACUGUAGUGUAAUAAUUAUAGUCAACAUUCAGUUGCCUGUGCUCAAUCAUUUUUCUUCGUUCAAAAGUGACAAAAGGCACAUGGACGAGGCUAAUGGGUUACCACAUUGCAAAAUGGCGCUUUUUUCUCAUUGGCAUGUCCAAACCGCCCAUUGUAUUUGUCUGACUCCGUCAGAUUUUUCAAAUUCAUUUAACAAUUUAUGAAACGAACAGAGAAUAACGACCAUGAAGGGGGUAAAUGUAAGAAUGGCUCCACCAUAAUUGCGCAUUUCUUGAAAUAUCAAGAACUAAGUGUGAUUGAACUGAGAAGAUACAUAUACGUGUAUAGUGGUGUCUAAAGAAGGUUUUGUCUCUGCGUCCAGGCCGGGAAAUAUGGUUGCGAAAACUUUUCUGUGCUUAUGGCCUAUUCUUUUUUAUCCUCUUUUGUCGUACGUAAGAAAACUGAAAAUGACAUUGUUGCCUUUUCAUCAGGCAAAAAGAGCAUUCGAAUCCUGGAAUGAAAUGAAACAAGAAAAGAGUAAAGAGGAAAAUGCGAAGAAAAAGGAGGUAAUGAAAAAAGAACUUGAAAAACAAACCGAGAAGAAUCUGAAAGCUAGGGAUGCCAAGAAGUACUUUGAGUCGUGGAAAGCAAAGAAAGAUGAAGAACUUAAAGAACAGCAUCAUAAGAAAACAAAGGAAGGAAGAGAAAAGAAGAGGAAAGAGGAAGAGGAGAAGACAGAUAAAAGUAAAAUUGCACAGAAAAGUUUUGACAAUUGGUAAGUGCCCGAUUUUAACCUAAAGAAGUUUCAGCGUUGAGUUUCAGCGUUGAAAUUAUUAACGCGCGCAUACACAGGAUAAAGUUGUACGAGAUGUUUGGAUGGGGACUUGAAUGUCUGUGCAACCCCUUUACCCCAUUCUCUGGCCUUUUCAACUCAGCCUAUACAGCUGUACUUUGUGUUUGAGAUGCAUGUACAUGUACUUCCCCUUCCUUCAUUGUAUUUGAGUGGAAUGUUGUUUAUUCUUAAGGAAAUUCAUCAUUUAGGGUGGAAAGUAGUCGAAAUUAAUGCGUGAAUUUGGAACAUAUCAUUGUGUGCAAGAACAGAAAAACUAUUAUUGUUAUGGUCCGAUUGGGAAACAAGUGAAAUGCAUGUGCAGGUAGUUGGGCAAAAAAGCCGUAAGUUUGAAAGAUCGAUACAUUAAGAAAAGCAUACACAUCAGAGCGAACGCACCAACCAUGAACAGGGAUGAGGGAGCAUAUAUGUACCAAUUAUCUUCUAAGGAUCUUUAUGUGGACCCAAAUGAUCUCCAGCCCCCAACAAGUGGGUAUGGGGCCGUCAACACAGGCUUAGCACGCUGAAUGAGGCCACACUAGUUUUGAGAAAGAUGGCUGACGGCACAUAUUAAAACUGUCAACAUCUGUAAAGAACAAAUAAAUUUUGGCCCUGUCAAAAGAAUCUGUCUAUUCAAUCUUUUACGUUGUUUAUCGCAGGAAAAAGAACAAAGAUGACAAAAUCAAAGAGGAGUCGAAGAAAAAGAGGAAAGAGGAGAAAGAGAGUACUUUAAAGCAGGAAGAUGAGAAUUACGAGAGAAGCAUUCAGUCCGCAGAGCGCUAUCAAGAAUGGGUGGAAAAAAAGGGAAAGCCAAGGAGAGGUCCCCCGCCACCCACAUUGACUCAAAGGUAUCAUCCAUACAUGCACAGUGUAUGUGCACACUCUGCAGGCUGUUUAUCCUGACCUUGACUAAAUCAGUCUAUAGUACUAAAAAAAAAACCGUCGCCAAAGACUGAAACAGAUACCGUAAAAUGCCGAAAAUAAGCCCUGGGGCUUAUGUUUUUCAAAGGCCCUUUUGGAGGGGCUUAUCUACGGAGGGAAAUUUGCGUUUCAAAAUCGAUUGGGCUAGCUUAUAGUUUAAAGGAAAUUUACCGUUUUUGCUUUGUUUGACUUUGUGUUAGAGGGCACUUUCCAAGUACAAGCCCCUGGGUGGGGGCUUAUAUUUGGAGGGGCGAUUUAUCGGAGGGUGUUUUGCGUUUCAAGUUUGGGGGGCUUAUAUUUGGAGGGGCGAUUUAUCGGAGGGUGUUUUGCGUUACAAGUUUGGGGCCUUAUAAAUGGAGGGGCUUAUUUUCGGAAUUUUACGGUAAUUAUAUCAAGAGAGGAUUGACGAAAGUUUAAUUCAUUGUACUCUAAUUUAAAUGCUUGGAACAUUCUGACCGAGAUAAGAGGACUGCACUUGUUUAGCCGGUUCCAGGCUCUCAUAUAGUAGGUAUAACGCGUGAAAGGCACGCUUAAAUAUGAGCCCUAGAUCUGGGAAAAGGGGGCGGUGGCGGGAAAAAUUUCCACUGGGACGACCCGAAAAUCGUGUUCCAUUUACUUUCCUCCAAUCGAAAUUUCCGGAACGUUUGGUUAACUCAUUUUAGGUUGAUCGAGCGUUCAUUUAAGACAAAGAAUAUGGGUACUUGUCUUAACUAUGACAAAUACCGUACAAUGGCCAUGCAUAAUUCAAUGUUUAUCAUAUUCGCUACAGGAGCUGGUGUCCGAGUGGUAGAAAUUCAGGCAAUUGCAUUCCAGGCAAAGUUGGUGCUGUGAUUCAGGCGCCCGCUCCAAACAGAUCGCGAACCAUGUCAGGAUCAUACUACUUUAAGACAAAUAAGGUACUUCUGUCUAACUACUUUAAUAGCCGUGUGGCGGGUGCUAAUAACGAAUACGUAGCUUCUUCCGCUUCACGCAAGCUAGAAAACCCCCUUUGCGUACGUUUUGUGAAACUGACUUUGUCUCGAUUGGGGCGUGUCACAAAGGCAAGCGAAGAAAAAAGUAUU